CCUUGUAUUCCAGAAGAAAGAAUGGCUAUGCUUAAACUGCCAGACACAGAGGGCUCUGUCAGGAAGCCUUGGAGAUAUUCCAACUCCUAUGGCACCGCCCGUGGGAUCCCCCCGAGCAUCUCCUCAAGCCAGUCAGCAGCCAUCCCAGCAAAAAUCACCCAAUCAACUUUCAGGGCCAAGGGCCACAGGUCCUCAGCAGCAACAGAAACCAGCGGGCUCCCAAGUAAGUGGCCCGCUUUCAAAUGUGAAACAGACUGGGCCUCAAACAAAGGGUCUAAGCCAAACUUCCCUUCAAACCAAGGGUUCAACUCAGCCACCCUCUCAAGCUAAGAAUCAAACACAGCCCUCGGCUCAAAGUAAGGUACCCGCUCAACCUAAAGGUCCUAACCAAACACACGCUCAAAGUAAGACCCCACCACAAUCAUCCAACCAAGUGAAGGGCCCAAGUCAGGCCAAAGGGCCGACUCAGACGAAAGGAUCUGCUCAGCCCUCUGCCCAGACUAAGGGCCCUUCGCAUCCCCCUGGUGCAAAGGCUUCCUCCACCCUUGGUAAAGCUGCGGCCAACCAUACUAAGGCCAUCACCUCUUCCAAAACAGUACCUACCCAGUCUAAACCCACAGGUAACAACCAGGCCCGCAAACAGUCGCAAAGCCAGGAGAGGAGUAAAGUCGCAUCUAAAUCUCUUAAAGAAGACAUCAAAGCCUCCCCAAAGAAGGCAUUGUCAGAGACUGUCACUUCACCAAAAGACACGAAGAUAACUGAAGAUGCACAGAAGUCAAGACACCAUGAAGACUACAACAAAUCAAGUACCCAGAGUUUAAGUGACACUGGAUACUCUUCAGAUGGGAUCUCCAGCUCACAAGGAGAAAUCGUUGGUCAGAUCCGGGAGGAGGCCGUCAAGCUGAAUGAAAGAGCUUCUUCAUUCCCCUCAGAAAUUACCAAGCUGGAAAGCUCCAUGAAACCAUUGCUAGAGUCAAAGACUAUGUCAGAUCAGAAGAACAGGCCUCAUUCACUUUCUGUAGGUCAAGGAUGCAGUCCUGAAGAUGAUGCAGCUAAGGAGGAAUCAGAGGAUGACCUUAGUUGUAAGCUUCGGCAUGAUUAUGUGGAAGACAGCAGUGAAAGUGGUCUCUCGCCAUUGCCAGUAAGACAAAAGAAGUCACAUAAAGAUGUUACAGAUGAAGAGUACAUGAGGAGACAGAUUAUGGAGAUGAGUGCUGAUGAGGAAGAAUUGGAAGAAUUUGGAGACCAGAAAACUAAAAAAGCACAUAAAACCACUGGGGAUUUAAACAAAGAUAGAAGACGACUUGCUCACCAGUCAAAUAGUUUUGAAGAUGACACAAAGACAUCAGAGGGUGCAUAUAAGACAAAUGAAGAAGAAGAUGUUGUUAUGGCUGGAGGACUUAGGCGUUUUAAGACUAUCGAGCUGAAUAACACCAACAGCUACAAUCGAGACAUAGAGCUCAGCACUGAGCAUGACCUAAGAGAACCAGAGCUAGAAAUGGAGAGUCUGACUGGUUCUCCAGAAGAGCGUUCCAAGGGAGAAUAUUCAUCCACCCUACCAGCCACCACUCCCAGCUACACCUCUGGAACAUCCCCCACCUCUGUGUCAUCCAUGGAGGAUGACAGUGACAGUAGCCCUAGUCGAAGAGCACGACUUGAAGAAGCAAAGCAGCAGAGAAAGGCGCGACAUCGGUCCCAUGGGCCACUGCUGCCUACUAUUGAGGACUCGUCUGAGGAGGAUGAACUUAGAGAGGAGGAGGAGCUGCUUAGAGAACAAGAGCAAAUGAGGGAUCUAGAACAACAAAGGAUUCGAAGUACUGCCCGAAAAACAAAGAGAGAUAAAGAGGAGCUGCGCGCACAAAGGCGCAGAGAAAGGUCUAAAACCCCUCCCAGUAAUCUUUCUCCUAUUGAGGAUGCGUCACCAACAGAGGAACUAAGACAGGCUGCUGAGAUGGAGGAGCUUCACAGAUCAUCAUGCUCUGAAUACUCACCCUCUAUGGACUCAGAGGCAGAAGGCUUUGAAAUUAUUGGUGGAAAGUUAUACAAAUCGGGGAAUGAAUUUAACCUUCCUACUUUUACAUCACUCUACUCCCCGACAGAGAAGACAACAGGAAUGCCGCCAUCUGACAAAACUUUGAAAAGUGCAGAGGAGGUCUAUGAGGAGAUGAUGAGGAAAGCACAGCUCAUGCAGAAGCAGGGACAAACAAUUAAUCAGCAGAAAAUGGCCUCUCAGUCAGAUGGUGGACAUCGUCUUGAAGCUGGAACUUCUCUAACUCCUGGCUCAAGCCCAACGCAGUCUGCUGCGCCUAUGUCCUUUUCCACAACAGGCAGUGAUCCAAGAAUUGCAGGAAUCCAUGCUGCACAACAUCUGUCAAAAGAGACACAGAACAGAAUGAUGACACAGAGUGCCAAAAUUGAAGGCGUUGUUGGAGUUGCCACAACCAAAGCCCAAACAAGUCAGGCUGCCACAACUCGACAGGCAGGUACCACAGGUCCUGCUGGCAUCAGAGCUGGCUCCCAGAGGCCAGCCCAGGUGGCACCUGACGCCGGAUCAUCCUCCCUGACCUCAAAAAUGUUUUCCCUUUUCAAAGGUCCAAGCCCCCCAGUUUCUCCCUCUGCUUCACCUACACAAAGCCCAACACAUACACCAUCUGCACGACCCACUGGUGGUAGUGGCCGGCAGCUGCCAUCUUUGCCUAGUGGUGCUACAUCAGCACAGGCAUCCCAUGGAGCUCAGGCACCUCAAAGGGCAAUGUCUCCACGUCUUAUGCGACAACAGUCUUCUCAAGAUUCCCCAGUGAUGCCGCUAACACAGGCCUCUGAAACACCUAGUCCAUCCAAGCCAAUUACUGUAAAUUCUUCCACUUCACCAUUGUCAUCACCAACACAGGUCAGUUGCAAAACAUUGUAUAGCUCGCAGCCCACUUCAAUGAGUUCCCCAACAUCUCAACAAAUCCAUCAUUCACAACAACCCCUAAAGCAUUCUUCUCAAAAUAUUGAAAAAUUAAAUGUUGGUAUUAGUGCUGUAACUACAAGUGUGCAAAGUCAUGGCUCUAUGGAAAAUAUAGCUCUAUGUAAAGUAUCAAAUGUUCCAGGCACUUUGAAUAUUGUGGGUCAAAGCCAAAUACUUUCAAGCCCCAGUGUUGUAGAUUUGAGAGCCCCAUUAAGGGCAGCUCCAAUUAUAAUGACAGAUCAGGGUAUGGAUCUAACAUCCCUUGCCACUGACACAAGACGUUACUCUUUAGGAUCAGAGCAGUCAUCUGGUAGACACACAGCAGUGCAGCCUCUUAUUAUGAACCUGAAUGCACAAGAACAACCUUAUGUAUCUAUAUCAACACCGACAACUGUCAGUGUUACAGUAACAGGUUCAAUGUUCAUGUCCCAACCCAAGGCACCAGUUGUGUAUGGAGAUCCUUUGCAAAAUCGUGUGGAUCUGGGACAAGGCGUUGGAUCAGCUGUUUGUUUAACCCAGACUAAGACUCCAAUUACUGACCCAUCUAUUCCCAAAAUUGAUGCCUGCCUGGAAAAUCUUGGUAUACAGCAGCAGCAGCUGCAGUUACAACAGCAGAAGCUCCUGCAGCAGCAGCAGCUUCUUGAGCAGCAGCUCCAGCAGCACCAACAGCAAUCCUCGUUUGCUCGUUACAAUUUAGCGAAUCAAGUGCAGCCUUUACUGAUGAAAAAAGACCUUGUUGUGACCCAGACAAGCACAGCCCAGCCUGUAGUAACUGCUAGUGCCAUACCUAGAAUAUCCCCUUUGGCUCCACCUUCAGUGUCUGGGGCUCCUGCAUCUAGUGCGCCCCAUGAAAUGUAUGGUGGAGUUGCCUUAGAACUAAAAAACAAGCCAACAGUAAUGAACUUAUCGACAGGUAAGCCCCAUGUUAUGAUGGUGCAGCUUGAUGAGAGUAACACAUCACAAGUGGGCACAGUGACUCAGCUGGUAAAGAGAGAGGAGCAGCCCCCUGAACCUCCUCCUCCUCAGGUCUUGGAUCUAACUGGCCAGAUUAAACCAGAAAACCAAGUGGCAUGCUGUGAUGUAGUUUACAAAUUGCCCUUUGCUGGAUCCUGUUCUGGGUCGUUCACUCAUAAGCCAACGGCAGUGUCUUCAGAUAAAAAUCCCACCUCUGAAACCUCUCAAACAACUCAUCAUCCCCACCCACCACACUAUAGUGUUGGCCAACAACAACACCAGCCUCCAGUUACACAAGGAUUAAAAGAGGAACAUAAAUCAUAUCCACCGUCUAUAGUUCCCUCAGGAAAAAUACAGCCCUCCAUGUCUGAUACUAAUCUGCCUUCCAUCAGUGAUAGUAGUCACUACCAGAAUAAUGUCCAAGGGGGUCUGGCAGUAGAUCUUAGCAGCAUGAAUCAGGUUUAUGAUGGUGGAUUCCUUGGCAUGGGAGCACAGUAUGGUUCUUACACUGACUUACGUCACCAGGGAGACCUUGCAGGUCCUUCUUUACCCCUUCGCCGGUAUGGCUCCAUGUCGAAUAUAAAUUCCGACUAUGCCUUAGGUGCACGUGACCUGACAGUUUCACAGGAUUCUAAUUUGGCUCAGUACAGUGCAACCACAGCUAGAGAAAUCAGUCGUAUGUGUGCAGCUCUUAACACUGCGGACCAUUUUGGAAGUCGUUAUGGAAAUAACCCUGAGCUGAUGGCAUAUGGUUCUGGAAGGGGUGGACCUUUAGCAAGGCUAAAUCUCCAGCAAAGUUUGGCAUCAAUAAGAGCUAAUUUACUUUAUGGACCAGAUGGAAGACCAGCAGCAAAUGGUCAAACUUUGACAAAUCUAAUAAAUGCACGACAAGCAAGUAUACGUGCAUUGUACCCCGCUGCUAUGAGAGGUGGUGAUGGCAUGAUAUAUUCCACUAUAAACACUCCCAUAGCCUCAACUUUGCCAAUUACUACACAGCCUGCCCCUGUCCUGCGUCCCAUGCCAAGGGGGAUUUACAGACCUUACCCCACAGGUGUUACUGCUGUACCUUUGGCUAGUCUUACCAGGUUGCCUCAAGUAACUCCCCGGAUGCCCCUAUCCACACAGGGACCAUAUUCUUACCCUUCUCUCAACCAAUAUCCUUCUCCAGCUACACCUUCAGGAAGUGUUCCUGCAGUAAGCAGCUCACACCAGGAAACUCCAGUAUACCUUGGAAAGCCUUUCACAGUAGCUGCACAAACAGCUGCAAACGUUCCACCAACCAAAUCUGCGUCACACUUAGGAGCACAAAAUGUAUCUGUGCCUGGUGUUCAGACUGCAGCAGAUCGGCAAUCAGACCCCACUCAGCAGAGUAUUCCAUCUCUCUCUCCUGCUCAAGGCCAAAUUCCAAACAUCCAACCAAUGCAGUCUCAAAUGCAACCACAGCAGUUACCAACUCAAACUGAGCCUUUAUCUUUGACCCAAACCCAGACUCAAGCUCAACCUAGCAGUCAACCACAGCCAUUGGGUCUACCACAAGGCCAGUCCCAAGUAUCACCACAUGGAACCACCCAAGCACAAAGUCCUAAACUCUCUCCACCUGUGGAUACCCAGAAGGGUAAGGAGGAUGAGAGACUGAGUCAGCAGCAAGAGCACAUGCUCCAGCUAGAGCGAGAACGAGUUGAACUGGAAAACUUACGGCAGUUGCGCCUUCACGAGGAACUUGAAAGGGACCGUAUGGAGCUUCAGCGUCAUAGAGAAAAAGAACAGCUUCUCGUGCAGAGGGAGAUUCAAGAACUGCAGACAAUCAAACAGCAGGUCCUACAGCAACAGCAAACAGAGCGGGAGACACAGCUUAUUAUGCAAAGAGAACAACUGGCCCAGCAGAGAAUGCAACUUGAACAAAUACAGUCUCUUCAGCAGCAGCUUCAGCAGCAGUUAGAGGAGCAGAAAAGACAAAAGACUGCAGCAGUGGAGGCAGCAGCUGCAGCUGCAGCAGCCGAGGCAGCUGCUGCUUCAGCUGCAGCUGCAGCUGCAGCAACAUCUGCCCAGGGUGCUAUACAAGGGGUAGUUGUUGGAGGAGGGGCCCCUCAGGGGUUCAUUAUUUGUGACCAGAGUGGUAGAGUCAUUCAACAAGAUGGACAGAGUGUUCAGUUUUGGCAGGAUGGACAAGUGGUCCAAGCAGUGGUUGCUGCAAGACCUAUUCAGAGCUCUGCCUCUGAGAUGUCUUUAAAGAGCACUGAAAAACAGGUGGAUUCAAAGAUCAUGAAAAAGCAGAAUUCCAUGCCUCGGCUGAGGGAUGGUUCUGAAGAGGACUCUGUUAAACGAAUUACAGACAGUUGUGUACAAACAGAUGAUGAGGAUGGAGAGGAAAGAUUCAUGAACAGGCGUAGGAGAACAAGGCGCAUUGCGGACUGCAGUGUGCAGACUGAUGAGGAAGAUCAGGCAGAAUGGGACCAACAACCAGUGAGGCGCAGACGGUCUCGUAUUCCCAAGCACUCUGAAUCCAGUGGUGAGGCUAAAUCGGAUGGAUCGUCUAAAGUAGCUUCUUCAAGUAUAGCCAUUCAGACCACAAAUGACUCUUCAUGUCAAACAGAGCCAGACCAACUAGGCAGGGUUUCUCCUGCAAUCCACAUUACUAUGGCAGAGACUUCAAAGGUUGACCUACUACAUUACAUUGCAGCUCCUGAAAGAACCCAUAAAGGAGAGAGUCUGGCCUGCCAGACUGAACCAGAGUCUCAUUCUCAGGGAGUAGUCACCCCUCAGCUGAGUGUUCCUACAACGAUCAGUCCAUACUCUACCAGUCUGCAUAUAGUUGGUGGGAGCACAUCUGACCCAGUCUCUCCCAGGCUCCAAGGUGUUGCUAAGUUUGAAAGAAGGAAACCAGACCCUCUAGAAAUUGGCUAUCAACAUCAACCAAGUGAAUCUCUAUCUCGCCAGCCCCCUAAAUCUCCUCAAGUAUUAUACUCCCCAGUGUCUCCUUUGUCUCCUCAUCGCAUGUUGGAGACAACAUUUGCCUCCCAGGAGAGGCUUAACAAGGCCCAUGUUACACCCCAGCAGAAGGCCUUUACAGCUGAAUCCCCCCAACGCCACCAGACGCUGCCAAGACCCAUUAAGAGUGUGCAGCGCUCCAUGUCGGAUCCAAAACCUCUCAGCCCUACGUCAGAGGACCCUGCCAAGAACAGGUUCUCCCCAUAUCAUCAGCAAGCCUUAUCUAACAGUCAGAUGGCCUCCCUGCAGCAGCAGCAGAACUCUCUGAUGAGGAAAGUAAAGAGGACUCUCCCCAGCCCCCCUCCAGAGGAAACUCCACUCCCCAUCGUUACUCCAGCACAAAUGUACAAUUCUCCUGGCAUGCCCCAAAGGGUCCUUCCAAGACCUGCACAGGGAGUCACCAAAGCUGGCCUUUUGAGUGAAUUAAAAGCAGUGGAACAAGAGUCAUCGAAGCUUCGUAAGCAGCAGGCUGAACUCGAGGAAGAGGAGAAAGAGAUCGACGCUAAGCUACGCUACUUGGAGCUGGGCAUCACCCAGCGCAAGGAGACCAUGGUCAAGGAUAGGGAGAGGAGAGAGUUGGCCUACCUUCGCUGUAUGGGUGAUGCCCGGGAUUAUAUGUCAGACAGUGAGCUCAAUAAUCUCAGAAUGGCAGCUGCAACUGGAACCUUUGAUGCAAAUGGUUUGCUGACAAGACCUAGCACUGCACCACUGAGUCAAUUUACCAAUGACCUCAAUGCAACCUCCCAGUAUCCCUCAACUUCAUCUUAUAUGCCCUACCCAUACCCUCAAAGUCUACCAUCAACACAGCAGCCAGUCUCUGCUUACCAACAGAUAGGUUUCCAGCCUCCACAGUAUCCAUCAUCUUCUGCACCCCAGCCUGGGACAUUUCAGCCCCAUCCUCCUCCGGGCCCUGGAUACCAGAAUCAGGGAACUUAUUCUUCCCGCAUGUAUAGCCAGUCGUCCUAUCAGACAGAUAUUGGCUUGCAACAGCAUAGCCAUCAGGGCUUCCAUUCACCUGGUCAGCCUAUGCCAGGGCAGAGCCUUCCUUACCCCAGUCAUAGUUCCUACCAACCAGGCCUUACAUACCAGCCACAAGCAGAGAUUCUUACUGUCCAUCAAAGACCCAGGCAAACUUCUUUGGCAGACCUUGAGCAAAAACUUCCAACUAACUAUGAGGUCAUUAGCAACCCAGCAGUAUCAGUGGCCACGUCAGCUCCCGAUGCAAACUUUGGUUCAGCUUACAGUAAAGCAUAUGGACAAUACCGCCCCCCUGAGCCUGGCCUUACUCACUCUGUUGAAAGCCCCACCUCUGCUUAUGCCACAGAUGGUCUCUAUACUUCCAGCCUGGAGCAGAAUAUUCCAAGGAACUAUGUGAUGAUUGAUGACAUCAGCGAGUUGACAAAAGAAAGCACUGGCCAGCCUACUGAUGCUCUAGGUCAUCCUGUUGGAGGGCGGUAUCGCAAUGAGAACGGCCCUGCCAGAGGAACUGCCUAUGGCAGGCCUGAAGAUGAUCCUGUUGAUGCUUAUGGUAGACCAACAGGUCCAUCUGGUUACCAGAGCACAGUGGACAGUCGCACCAGCACCACAACUAGUGGAGGCUCACCUUAUUACUAUGACGAUUAUAAACACACAUCUCGUUCCAGUAGCCACAAACUUACAUCCAAAAAUCUUGCUCCUGCUGUAGUUUCUUCUAAACGCAGCAAGCACAGGAAGCAGGGAAUGGAACAGAAGAUUUCUAAAUUCUCCCCUAUUGAGGAAGCCCGGGAUGUGGAGUCUGACCUCGCCUCUUACACUAUGACAACAUCUACGGGGGGCUCCUGUACAGUUGUGUCAAGAUCCAAGAAGUUUCAAGAUGAUGGAACCUAUGGGAUUAAGAAAAAUUCUUAUGACCAGCAGAGAUAUUAUGGUACCAGUCGUGAUGGUCUUGAGGAGGAGGAGCGUAUGUACAGCUCUGGAAGGUCCAGGUCCACAGGUUACGGUAUGGACAAGAUUUCCUCGAGAGACGCAGGCCAUCGCAGUAAAUCCUACGAAAGAGAUGCCAUGGAGCGAUCUCAGAGAAGCACCCGCGGUGGAAGACCCCCCAUGCGCAGCCAGAAUUCAGAAGAAGAGAGCCCCCUUAGUCCUGUUGGGAAGCCCGUUGGCAUGGGAAGAGGCUCAGGCAUUUCUGAGUCCCAUGAUGUGAGAAAUCAAUAUGGUUCUAGUCAUUCACUGCCAGAUGUGCAGGACCACCAUAAGAAGGACCUUCCCAGAAGUCAUGUCUAUAAACCAGAUGAUCCUUAUCUUGUUGAUGACAUGCACUGUGCUGUUUCUGACAGUGAAGCAUAUCAUUUGAGCCAAGAGGAGACUGAUUGGUUUGAGAAACCACGGGAGGCCCGCGCUGAUCGCUCAAGACAUCAUGGAAGUGGAAGCCACUCCUCCACUGGAAGGCGCAGUAAACACACCUACCAUGACCAUGAAGAACCUCCAGAGGAAUAUGGUCAACCGGACGAGUACAACCAACAACGCAAUUCCUCCACCACGUCACGAGACCACCGUCACCAUGGCAGCAGCUCUGGAAGACACAGCUCCUCCCGCCACUCUUCAGAAGACCCCAGGUCAUCACGUUCUUCCAGGACACAUUCCAAAGAUCCAUCUGGUCGUGCUGAUAAUAGGAUAUCCUCAUCUACUCAGAGAAGGAGUGGCACAGAAUCCCGCUCUGCCCAUGAAAGCCCCAGAAAUUCAGGAGACUUCUCUCGGGAAUCAGUCUCUGGUCACCACCAUGGCACUGGGGGAAGGGGCCAAAGACCACAAGGAGAUCGCACAGCCACCAGGCGACAAGAUCCCAAUAAACCACAGCAACAGCAGCCCCCUCAAGGCCAUACUGGGCAGCAACAGCGAUCAGGUGGACAGGGACAGUUUGGUAGACAUCCAGGCCCUGAACCGCUUGAUGCUACCCAACAGGGCCAGCAGCAGCAUCAGCCAAGUGCACAACAGCAGCAACAGCAGCCACCACAGCAAGGCCAGAUGCCUCAAAGCAGUCAGCCCACAACAACCACUGCUGCAACUGGACCAGCACUGCAGCAACAGCCCAAAUCUGGACAAGCUUCAUCACAGGGACGCCAGCCUGGAGUGGGAUCUGCUGCAGGGCCACCAGCAGCGGCAGCAAAACUGGAAGCCUCACCUGCGGCAGCCACAGCAGGAGUGAAACCCACCAUAGGAGUCCCAACUCCACCCCAGCCUACCAAAAUAGCCACACCACCUCUAACAGGGAUUGGCUCUAAAGCGGCCCCUGGAGGGGCAGCGGAGCAGGCUGGAAAACUUGGAGAUGCUUUGUCUGGCCUUGGAAAGAAGUUCACCUCAUUCUGGUGAACAAAUGAGGGGUAUGCAGAAAUUAAAUGAGAUGGAUCAGAUUAGUUGCUUUCAUCAAGUUGGAAUCAAAGGAUGCCUUGUCAGCACUGAAUUCCCCAGACAUGGGUACGCGAUUGAGAGCAACAGCCUGAGAAAGAUGAUCCUGAGGAUGACUGAGACCUCAUCAGACCUCUGGUCGAUACUGAGGAUGCAGCAAAGUGGAUAGGUAAAAAGAGCUCUGCUCCUCCUCAUCCUCCUGGGAUCUGAGUCGGUGCAACCUCGCUAACUAACGCGGGUGGAUGUCAUGGGAGAAAUUCUUUGGGUUUGUUCAUGCAUGUAGCCUCCUUGAAAGCUCCAUAAAGAAAGCCUCACUGCGCCCUCUACAGAGAUUUGAAUGCAACGCCACACUUGUCUGAGGAGUGUACAUUGCUCAAGGAUUCUUGAUUCUACAUUGAUGUCUUCAGCGUAUUUUCAUGCAAAAAAAAAGAAAAAAAAAAGAAAAAAGAUAUGGACAGAUUUCAUAGUUUUUCUUGUGCAAAAGAGACUGAUCUAAGCCACAAUGACACCACACAUCCAGAAAAGACUUAGCGUAUCACAGCAAUGACAACUAACCUGGCGAUUCCAUAAAUAUCUUUGAAUGCUUGGUUAUUCUGAUUUCCACGUUACAUUCCAGUAUGGGGAAUCUGGUCCUUUUGUUGAAUGACUUUUUAAUUUCUCGGUCUUUUUGUUUCAGAGUCUACAGAAUGCAUUGUUUAAAUGUGGAUAUGAGAAUGCACGCACAAAUGAAAAAAUAUUUUAAAAAGCCCAUAUUCAUACUUUUUCACUACGUAAUAGACGUCGCUCCUCAUUAGCUGUAGGUCUUAGGAAGAGGGAAUUACUAGCAGCGUGCCCACAAGUGUGAGAUUUUCCGAAAUGAGAGGACCAAAAGAAAGAGUGGCCACGGUUCGUUGAAAGCCACCACAAAGCCAUUGUUAUUCUCAGCCCCAGAGCUUUCUGGGACUUUAUCCUUUUAAUAAUUUGUCUUAUCCUUUAGUUUUUAGUAUUUUUUUUAAUUCUUUUAAUUUUGCCUGAUAUUCAGUGAAUUGAAGAGCCUUAUUCAUUACAUGUUUUUACUUGUAUACCUCAUAUGUUUUAAAACAUCCAUAUCACCAUGAAUUUCUUUUUACACUGUAUAUUAUUGUAUGUACAUAAAACAAAUCAGAGAUUUAAUAUGUAAAUUUAUCAUUUGUGUUUUUAAUUAUUCACUCUCCAUUGUCUUUUUUGUUGUUAUUGUUAUGUGUUUUUUCUUUGGUAAAACAUUUUAUUUUUUAACUUAUAUUUGUUUGAAUCCACAUUUUCUUGCAUCAAAUGAUUUGCUUAUUGAUUUUAAAAAGCAAUAGCAUGCAGAAAAUGGUAUAUAGCACAAUGGUAUAAAUGUUGUUUAAAUCAGUGAUGGGAAAUAUCGAACACUCAAUAAAUAGUUGUUAAACAUUUGUCAAAGGGUUUACAACCACACUACCAUGUACAGACAUGCAUGAAAUGUGCAGAUGCAUAAGAGCAUGCAGACAGGUGCAUCACAAAGCUAGAGAGAGAGAGAGAGAGAGAGA